ACGCUGCCUGGUUGAAGGGAGGGGGGGAUGGGUGUUCUUUCGCUCUCCGGCUUCCCAAGCAGGGGAGGGUUGCUGCGUUAGGAACUCCUGGGUGUCCGUCCCAUCCCCCUGCAGGAGAGCUCGGUGGAGGGGAGAGGCGGAGGGGGGUUUCCUUCCUUCCCAGUCUCUCCCUCGUCCCUCCUUCGCCGGCGACGCCGCGGGAGAGAGGGAGGGGUGGGUAUGCAAAAGGCCUGGUCGGAGAGCCGAGGAGAGAGGGUGUCGCUAGGGCGGCGGGGAUGCCCCGGCUGGUUGCCUUGUGGAGCAAAUGUGGCUCUGGGCGAGCAGGCAGGUUGUAGUUUGCCUUAGCCGCGGCCGCUGCUCCUGGUAGCACGUCCUAGUUGACCGGGUAACGGAGGGGGAGUCGCUAAGGAAUGUGGCGUCCGUGCGGCUCGGAGGCGCCUUCCCGAGGUGAAAUGGUGGCUUGUGGUGACCCUGCUGCGGCGGCGAAAAGAGCUUUUGCAGCCAUGCAUAACAUGUCGAUGGAUUCUACUGGGGUGGCUGUGGUGAUGAGCUGAAAGGCAAAGGUGGUGCAGUCAAUGUCAGGUUGUCUUUCUGAGGAGGGGCAGCUAUCAUGACUGUCUUCAGGCAAGAGAAUCUGGAUGAUUACUAUGAGAUCGGAGAGGAACUUGGAAGUGGGCAAUUUGCAGUUGUAAGGAAGUGCCGUGAGAAGAGUACUGGAACACAAUAUGCUGCAAAAUUCAUCAAGAAACGGAGAACAAAAUCCAGUCGUCGGGGAGUGAGCAGAGAGGACAUUGAACGAGAAGUAAACAUAUUAAAACAAAUCCAGCACCCCAAUGUGAUCACAUUAUAUGAUGUGUAUGAGAGUAAAGUGGAUGUCAUUCUUAUUCUGGAGCUAGUUGCAGGAGGGGAACUGUUUGAUUUUUUAGCUGAAAAGGAAUCUUUGACUGAAGAGGAGGCCACAGAAUUUCUCAAGCAAAUCCUUAAUGGUGUUAAUUAUCUGCACAGUCUGCAAAUUGCACACUUUGAUCUCAAGCCUGAGAACAUAAUGCUGCUGGACAGAAAUGUACCAAAACCUCGUAUCAAGAUCAUUGACUUUGGCUUGGCUCACAAAAUAGACUUUAGUAAUGAGUUUAAGAACAUUUUUGGAACACCAGAAUUUGUUGCUCCUGAAAUAGUAAACUAUGAACCAUUGGGUCUUGAGGCAGAUAUGUGGAGCAUUGGUGUAAUAACUUACAUUCUUCUGAGUGGUGCAUCACCAUUUCUUGGAGAAACCAAGCAAGAAACGUUGGCCAAUGUAUCUGCUGUGAACUAUGACUUCGAGGAAGAAUUCUUCAGAAACACCAGUGCCCUAGCUAAAGAUUUUAUAAGAAGACUUCUGGUUAAGGACCCAAAGAAAAGGAUGACAAUUCAAGAUAGCUUGCAGCACCCCUGGAUUAAGCCUAAGGAUACUCUGCAAGUACUAAGUAGAAAAGCAUCUGCUGUAAACAUGGAGAAAUUCAAAAAGUUUGCAGCACGAAGAAAAUGGAAACAAUCUGUGAGAUUAAUAUCAUUAUGCCAAAGAUUAUCAAGAUCUUUUUUAUCCAGAAGUAACAUGAGUGUGGCUAGGAGUGAUGAUACUCUGGAUGAAGAAGAUUCGUUUGUCAUGAAAGCCAUCAUUCAUGCCAUCAAUGAUGAUAAUGUCCCUGGUCUUCAACAUCUCCUGGGGUCUUUGACCAAUUAUGAUAUCAAUCAACCCAAUAAGCAUGGGACACCUCCAUUUCUGAUUGCUGCUGGAUGUGGAAAUAUUCAUAUGCUUCAGUUAUUCCUACAUCGAAGUGCCCGCAUUGAUGUCCAGGAUAAGGCAGGAUCUAAUGCCAUUUAUUGGGCAUCUCGCCAUGGUCAUGUAGAAACUCUGAAAUUCCUCCAUGUAAAUAAAUGCCCUUUGGAUGUAAGAGACAAGUCAGGGGAAACUGCACUCCAUGUGGCAUCUCGUUAUGGUCAUGUUGAUGUAGUACAGUACCUGUGUAGUAUUGGUGCAAAUCCAAAUUUUCAAGAUAAGGAAGAAGAAACGCCUUUGCAUUGUGCUGCUUGGCAUGGCUACUACCUUGUCACCAAAGCACUUUGUAAGGCCAGUUCUAAUGUCAAUGCUAAAAAUAAAGAAGGGGAAACACCACUCUUGACAGCCUCAGCAAGAGGUUACCAUGAUAUUGUGGAAUGUUUAGCAGAGCAUGGAGCUGACCUUGAUGCAACUGACAAGGAUGGACAUAUAGCCCUUCAUCUUGCUGUCCGAAGAUGUCAGAUGGAAGUCGUUAAAACACUCAUCCGUCAUGGAUGCUGUAUAGAUUUCCAGGACAGACAUGGGAAUACUCCUCUUCAUGUAGCCUGCAAAGAUGGAAAUAUUCCUAUUGUGAUGACACUCUGCGAAGCAAACUGUAACAUUGAUAUCACUAAUAAGUAUGGGCGCACACCUUUACAUCUGGCAGCCAACAAUGGAAUUCUUGAUGUUGUCCGGUACCUCUGUCUCAGUGGAGCUAAUGUGGAAGCCUUAACUUCUGAUGGAAAAACAGCAGAAGAUCUGGCUAGAACAGAGCAGCAUGAACUUGUAGCUAGUUUGCUUACAAGGCUAAAAAAGGAUACUCACAGAACGCUGUUCAUCCAACAUCUUAGACCUACACAUAAUCUGCAACCAAGGAUAAAACUUAAGCUCUUUGGCCACUCUGCAUCUGGGAAAACUACUCUUGUAGAGUCUUUAAAAUGUGGCCUCCUGAGAAGCUUUUUCAGAAGACGGAGACCAAGGAUUUCAUCUACAAAUUCCGUCAGGUUUCCUCCUUCACCUUUAUCUAAUAAGCCAUCAGUUUCUGUAAGCAUUUCAAAUCUUUACCCUGGCUGUGAGAAUGUUAGCGUGAGAAGCCGGAGCAUGAUUUUUGAGCCAGGCCUGACCAAAGGGAUGUUGGAAGUAUUCGUUUCACCUGCUCACCAUUCUCACUGUUCAACGGAUGAUCAGUCUACAAAGGCCAUUGAUGUGCAGAAUGCUUAUCUGAACGGAAUUGGUGAUUUCAGUGUAUGGGAAUUCUCUGGGAAUCCUGUGUAUUUCGGCUGCUAUGAUUAUUUUGCUGCCAAUGAUCCCACCUCAGUUCACAUUGUGCUUUUUAGUCUUGAAGAACCCUAUGAAAUACAGUUGAACCAAGUGACCUUUUGGCUUAGUUUCCUAAAAUCGCUUGUUGCUAUUGAAGAACCUGUAGCAUUUGGAGGAAAGCUGAAAGCCCCACUGCAUGUUGUGUUGGUUGCUACCCAUGCUGACAUUGUCAAUCUUCCACGUUCUGCUGGAGGAGAGUUUCAGUAUGACAAAGAUACAUCACUUCUAAAAGAAAUUAGAAACAGGUUUGGCAAUGACCUCCACAUUUUGGACAGAUUAUUUAUUUUGGAUUCUGGCGCAUCUGGCUCAAAAGAUAUGAAGAUUCUCCGAAACCAUCUUCAGGAAUUACGCAGCCACAUUAUCUCUACAUGUCCACCAAUGACUCACUUGUGUGAAAAAAUCAUCUCCACCCUGCCUUCAUGGAGAAAAAUUAAUGGACCCAAUCAGCUCAUGUCCUUGCAACAGUUUGUAUAUGAUGUGCAGGAUCAGCUUAAUCCAUUAGCAAAUGAAGAUGAUUUGAGACAUAUUGCCCAGCAGCUACACAGCAUAGGAGAAAUCAAUAUCAUGCAAAGUGAGACAGUCCAAGAUGUUGUUCUUCUGGAUCCUCGCUGGUUAUGUUCAAAUGUCCUUGGAAAACUUCUGUCUGUGGAGAACCCCAAAGCCCUUCAUCAUUACAGAGGCCGAUACACCAUAGAGGAUGUCCAGCGCCUGAUACCAGACAGUGAUAUAGAAGAGCUUAUACAAAUUUUGGAUGCCAUGGAUAUCUGUGCUAGGGAUCUCAGCAGUGGCACAAUGAUAGAUAUUCCUGCCUUGAUCAAGACUGACAGCCUGCAUAGGUCCUGGGCUGAUGAGGAGGAUGACGUUAUGAUUUAUGGUGGUGUUAGAAUUGUUCCUGUGGAACACCUGACCCCAUUUCCUUGUGGAAUCUUCCAUAAAGUUCAGGUGAACUUGUGCAGGUGGAUACAUCAGCAGGGCACAGAUGGAGAUGCUGAUAUACGUUUGUGGGUAAAUGGAUCAAAGAUCAUGAACCGUGGAACUGAGCUCCUUGUGCUCCUUGUCAACAAUGGUCAAGGUAUUGAAGUUCAAGUUAGAGGACUUGAAACUGAGAAGAUCAAAUGCUGCUUAUUGCUGGAUUCUGUCUGUAGUACCAUUGAUAACUUGAUAGCCACAACAUUGCCAGGACUCUUAACAGUCAAACAUUAUCUCAGCCCUCAGCAGUUAAGGGAGCACCAUGAGCCAGUAAUGAUCUAUCAGCCAAGAGACUUUUUCCGUGCACAAAGUCAAAAAGAGACUUCAUUGACUAAUACCAUGGGUGGCUAUAAAGAAAGUUUUAGCAGUAUUUUAUGCUUUGGGUGUCUUGAUAUCUACUCACAAGGAAGCUUGGGGAUGGAUAUCCAUGUGUCAGAUCUGAAUCCACUUACAAGGAGGAAAUUGAGUAGACUUCUGGAUCCACCAGAUCCCAUGGGCAAGGAUUGGUGCCUUCUUGCAAUGAACUUGGGCCUUCCAGAUCUUGUUGCAAAAUAUAAUACAAACAGUGGUACACAAAAUGACUUUAUUGCAAGCCCAUCCCAUGCCCUUCUGCAGGAGUGGGGAAAUGCCCCUGAGAGUACUGUGGGUGUCUUAAUGUCUAAGCUGAGGGAAUUAGGCCGCAGAGAUGCAGCAGAUUUUUUACUGAAAGCAUCCUCUGUGUUCAGGGUCAGUUUAGAUCCUAAUGGUCAUGAGGCCUACGCUUCUAGCUGCAACAGUGGAACAUCUUAUAAUUCAAUCAGUUCAGUAGUCUCCCGGUAAAAGCAAAUGCCAGAAAGCACACUCUGAUCUAAUUGCAGACAGUGAAAGAAGGUUUAGUAUGGCUGACUUUUGUAUGUAUUUAUAAGUUCCUAAAUCUCCACCUUUUCCUAGCAUCACUUUGUAAGCAGUCUUCCUAUUUUUUUAACAAUGACCUGUUUCUCUUAUUUUACUUAUUUUAAAAAGCUGGUGUGUUUCUGGUAUUUUGCAGUCUGCUUCUAAUUCUAUAUUGUGCUGCUUAAAUACUGACUCCAGCUUUAAAGUAGCCAACUGUGUUUUUUUAAUCAUUUUUUCCUAACUGAAGAAGACUACACCUUGGCUUAAUGUUCAUUUUGUUAUGCCCUCACUUUUCCAUUAAGCUUGUUUAAUUUUUUUUAAUUGAAAAGCUAUGAUAGUGCAUUUAGAUUUUAACACCAUGCUUAAAAAUGGGGAAAAAAGAGUGCCUUUGCAGAAGAUGACGUAGUUAAAAUCAAGUGAUCCUGCUGAAGCUCUUAAGACAAGGCUACCUCUGUUUCACUGUCUGCAUGCUGGUUGCUACAAGUGGUGCUUGCCUUUGUGUUCUCUUGCUGUUGUCAGGUGUUGGUAACAUGAAAUUUGUUCUACCGAAAAGCUCUUGUGUUGGAUACCGAGAAGGUACAAACAUGUAAUGCAUUAUCAGUUUUUAUUUCAGUUAAAGUGGAAUGAAAACUUUAAAACCCACAAGUUUGCACCUUCCAUUAUUUCCACAUAUCUCAGGAAAAGAUUUUACACAGUUGUAGAAUACACCACAGCACACACGCACACAAACAAGUGUUAGUUGAACAGACUUUAUUCUGUAUUUAAUAAUGAUCCAUUUGGAUUGAAGCAAAUGGUUUUUCGCUUUCAGAUACUGGUGUGCUUAUUUCUUAUACUUGAAGGUUCGCCUUUUUUUUUAGGAAAGCAAGAAAUUCUUGCAGUGAGAGGGUUUUUAAAUUGGUAUGAGGGAACAAGAUCAUUUCUUCUGUCUGAAAAGCAUGUAAUUUUAAUGGUACAAGAUAUAUUGUGUAUAUACAUAUGUAUUGUAUGUAUAUAUAUUAAUACUGUUUUCUUUUAAUCUUUGUCGUAGUAAAAUUUUAAAGGAUUUUUUUACAAAUAAA